CCGUAAAGCAAAAUGUGUCGCUAAACAUUAAUCAUGGCUGCCUCCAUCAUGACAGGAGGUGGAUUCACAUUUCUAAGGGGCUUAGUUGGGCAAAUCCAGCCAAGGUUGCUUGCCUUUGGGGGAACCCUGCAAAUAUCCACAAUACACACCAGCACUGCUCUGGACUCCAGCAAGAACUGGGAAAGAAAGAACCUAACGGUGUAUCCACCACAACUUUCAAAUGAACCUCGACGCGCGGCUGAGGUGCACCACUGUAGAAGGCAGAUUAAGUACAGCAAGGACAAGAUGUGGUAUCUGUCUAAAAUGAUCAAAGGGCUGAGCAUUGACGAGGCCAUCGCACAGCUGGAGUUCAACGACAAGAAAGGCGCAAAGAUCAUGAAAGAGGUCCUGCAGGAGGCACAGGAGAUGGCUGUGAGGAAUCACAACGUGGAAUACAAAUCCAACCUGUUUGUCGCGGACGCCUUCACCGGGAAAGGGAAAUAUCUGAAGCGUAUCCGGUACCACGGCCGAGGCCGCUUCGGCAUCAUGGAUAAAGUUCACUGUCACUUCUUCGUCAAGCUGAUGGAGGGAGUCCCUCCUAAGGUGGAGGAGAAGACCGGCUUCGACCUGGCCAAGGACUACGUCCAACAGCUGAAGAACCGAACCAUCAUCCACAGCCUAUAGUACUACGACAACGUGUGCGUUGUUUGAUUUAAUGCUUGUAAAUAAAUUGUGUUCUGCGUCUCAA